AUGCUGAGACAACCCAUUUCAGGCAUGCCAAAGCCCAUGGUCGAUGAUCCUGUGAUUCAAAGAUCAAGCAGAGUCACUUCAGUAGAAGCAGAAAGUCAUCCCAAUACCCCGACACUGUCGACAGGUGCCUCUGAUGAGGAGAAAAAGGAAUGGGUGAUGAUCAUCGAUCACAGCGACAUAGUGAAUUUGAAUGCCAAUUUGACAGUCGAUAGAUACUGGCACUUCACACGAACCAAGGACCUGCCUCAACAUACAGAAAGUUUCUUUUACAGUGUGCUCCACGGUGCUUAUGACCCCUUUAAACUCUUCGGCAUGGGUUCAGACAUUGAUGAAAUCUGCAAAGAGAUGACCUUAACAUAUGAGUGCCGAAGUGACUUUGUUCGGGGCAAAUCCUGCGAAGAGACCUCUCUAUAUUCCUCCGAUGCAUAUUCGUCAAACUGUUCAAGUUAUUCGACACCUUCAGAAAGCCUUUCACCGACCUCAGAUACGUGGGUACAUCCUUCACGUCCUUCUGACAAGUCGACCAUGAUCCAGUUUGAUGCAUCAUUGAAGACUUCAGCCAGAGAAGAUGACUUCCCUAUGGUAGAUCCUCCGAAUGACGUUCCUCCACUCUCUGCAUUGACUAGCCUCGGGGAUAGCAGUCAUGGCCUUAACUCAAUCUUGGGGAUCAGCAAAGGAUUUUGUGAGUUUCAGCUAAAUAAUCCCUUCAGACCGUCAAUAGAGAAGCAUGGACGCUUGCUUGGAGGCAUACCCACGACUUCCACGGGUGCAAAACAAGCCUGGGAGUACGAAGCAGCGGCCACGCUGGCUCCCCACCACUACCGCAGGUCAGCGACUGUUCAAUCCUGGCUAGAAACGGUCAUUGGGCCAACUAAUUUGUUGCCUAAAACACAAUGGCCAAAGAGUAGACCAUCAAACGAAUUGCAACCGCCAGCCUCAAGUACCACACCGAAAACACCAUUAGACUCACCAAAGUUAAGCUGUGAAACUCCGAGUACGCCAUGGUUCGCCUCAGAUACCGAAAUCUCGUUUGUACUUGGUGAGAUAAAGUCUCCUUAUAGCUACAACAGCGAUUUGCCAGAGUGGAGAGAUUAUAUGGGUGAAGCAGCCCGAAUAAUUGUGGACGCGUAUGUCGCACAAGUCGCCCCUUGUGCUUCCUUGCCUUUGGUGCAAGGUGUCUCAAAGGUCCAACCUUCCACUGUGGGGGGGAACUACCUGGCUUUCAGACAGCCAUGGCGAACCUCAGACAACUGCGUUCAAACACAGAUAGGUAGAGGCGAUGGGGGUUCACAGGUCAGCUCUAUUACAGACGAAUCAUUGAUCAUGGGAACAAAUGCGACAUCGUCUUCCAAUAGCACAAGGAUGACAUCCCUGCCUUCCGUCGGGCGAAAGCGAGGUGUGCCUCCAGAGGGCGAUGAUGAAAGCGAAGAUGACGACGCUAAAAUGUUUAAGAGGCCGAGAAUUCGCAAAUCGUGGGCGCUGAGUGAUCAACGCAAAAUCCUAGCCUGUCCGUAUACCAAAUUCGAUCGGCAACGGUAUUCGAGAGAUAACACCACCGAGAGGAACUACCACAAUUGCCCCACUUGCUGGCUCAGAGAUAUUAAUCGCUUGAAGCAACAUCUGCAUCGAACUCAUCAACGUCCUAAUAAUUAUUGUCCAUGUUGCUUUGUGGUAUUUGAGACUGCUGAACCACUCCAGGAGCAUAUUCGGACAAGGAUUUGUGACAGAGUGGACUCGCCUUUCGAAGAGAAGAUGUCUCCUAGUCAGAUGACAGCCAUCAAGCGGAGAACACCAGGUCGCGACCCCGUGGACCUUUGGUAUGACAUCUUCAAGAUUCUCUUCCCGGGAGCGCCACUGCCACUCAGCCCCUAUGUGGACAGUCCUUAUCAAUCUACAGUCAACGACUUUUUAGUCUUUUUUGAAGUUGAGGUCCAAGGCGUACUCAGUAGAGAGGUCAACAAUCGCAUGUUCGGCGAUGCGCUAGCAACGGUUGACCCUCAGUUUCUCGAAGGGGUGUGGUCAGAAUCCGUCGCGGUGUUGAUCCGGUAUCUCGACGAGAGAGCACGGGGAGAACCGCCUUCUUUGUAUCUUGAGAACAUCUCGCAGAGCUUUUAG